AUGCUCGACAAGCGCCCCCUCCGUAUCGGCAAUGUCUCCGGUGCAACUGGCGACCACCCACAGGCAAUGUUGCGGAUGGCGCAGCAUGGCAAUGUCGAUGUCAUUGUUGGUGACUGGUUAUCAGAAAUGAACAUUGCAUGGAAUGCCAUAACCAAAUCAAAAGAUCCUGAUCUGGGAUAUGAGUCUGGGUUUCUGACCCAGUUGAGCGACUGUCUAGAUAUCGUUGUAGCAAAAGAUAUCAAAGUCGUUGCAAAUGCUGGGGCGUUGAAUACAUCGUCCCUGAUGCAGAAGGUUUGCGCACUAUGCAAAGAGAGGGGCUAUAGCCAGAUCGUGGUGGCUUCAGUACUGGGAGAUGAUAUUUCGGAGCCGAUCCAGAGCAAGCAGCCCGGGUUCCGGGACUUGCACCAUCUGGACCACAUGGACUGGAAGCUGAAUGAUUGGCCCUUGACGCCACACUGCGCUGUAGCAUACAUUGGCGCUUGGGGUAUUGUGGAAGCCCUUGAUUCAGGCGCUGACAUUGUCAUAUGUGGCCGUGUCACUGAUGCUUCGCCAGUCAUCGGUGCCGCGGCUUGGUGGUAUAGGUGGCAGCGAGACGCUUGGGACGAGCUUGCUGGUGCACUAGUUGCUGGACAUCUUAUUGAGUGUGGCCCGUAUGUGACAGGUGCCAACUUCUCCGGUUUUAAGCCUUUGCUUCCGAAGCUUGUCGAUCUCUCCUUCCCCAUCGCCGAAGUUAGUCCCGAUGGCAGUUGCAUAAUCACUAAGUGUGAAACCUAUGGCGGAGCAGUGACUAAGUUCAACACCAUUGCUCAGCUGCUUUAUGAGCUACAAGGGGAGUUAUAUCUCAAUCCGGACGUUGCAGCCGACCUGCGAAAUGUAUCCGUAGAUGAGGUCGGCCCCGAUCGUGUCAGGGUUUGUGGUACCGUUGGACAACCGCCACCAUCGACGACAAAAGCGAUGAUAGCAGCCCCGGGAGGUUACCAAGCCGAAGCAACUUUCUACAUCAAUGGUCUGGACGUGGCCCAGAAGGCCGAGAUGCUUCGCAAUCAGCUCGAUCGUGCUCUCCGUGGUAAUAACUUCUGCAAAUUGUCUAUUGAGCUCUACGGGUCACCUGCUAUUAACCCGCCUAGUCAGCAGGCAGGGACGGUAUUUCUGCGAGUGUUUGCACAAGCAAGGAAUCUGGAGGAUAUCUCGGCGGAAAGAUUCAAAACACUAAUAUAUGCUCUGCGAAUGCAAAGCUAUCCUGGAUAUCACAUGAACCUUGACUUUCGGAUGAUGGAUCCAAAGCCGUUCAUGGAGAUCUUUCCAGCAGUUAUUCCCCUUGAUCUUAUACACCAUCGAGUCAUCCUCUCCAACGGCAUACAACAUGAUGCACCGCCUGCUCCAAUAACAAGAACAUACCCAACACAAAGACCUUCAUACGAAACCAAAGUUCCCAUGCUUUUAAACCAGUUUGGCGCCACAGAUGCCGCCCCCUUGGGCAGUAUAGUUCAUGCUCGUUCAGGAGAUAAAGGGGACAAUUUCAAUGUGGGCUUCUUUGUCCGAAACUCGGAUGAGUACCCCUGGCUGCAAUCCUUCUUAACAAUAGAUCGAUUCAAAAAGCUGCUUGGGGAAGACUGGCCACAAAGAGAUAAUGAGCCUUGCGUGGAACGAUGCGAGUUUAUGAAUCUGUUGGCUGUCCACUUCAGGGUCUUAGACUUCUUAGAUGGUGGCAUUGCUAGUUCUAGUCGGAUCGACGGACUGGGUAAAGGGAUAGGGGAGUACUUGAGAAGUCGAGUGGUGGAGGUACCGAAGAAGUUUCUAAAAAGAGGUUGGAUCUGA